GUGAGACUCAGAGCCCCCAAGAAAAAACAAGCCUCUGGAUUUGGCACACCAUCGCUUAGCGAGAAAGCUUGUGGAAGGCAUAGCCCAGAGCAAUAGGGCAGGCUGUUUGACCGGAAAGCAGCAGGCCGAUGGUCAGCCAAUGGCAAGCGAGGAGGCCUCGACGUCUGCUUCCCUUUCCAUCCUAUCUCUUGACAAACAUUGCCACGAUGGAGGCGAUUCUCCAAGCCUAGGCGAGGCUAGAGCGUGCCCUAGGAAAAGGUGGCGCCAGCUGUGCCUCCUUGUUGGAUCACUCCCUCCUACUACUGCUGAGGCGCACUCGAGGGCGGAAGGGAAUGCUUGCGAUUCUUGUGUUAAAAGUCGCCUACUGCUCCUAGCAGGCAGCCUCCCACCUUUGCAGGAUGCUGCCCUCAUGUCCGUAGAAAACAAGGCUUUCUGACAUUAUUCAUCCAUCUCAGCUGCUCUUAACGGCUUACGGACAUCAUGGCAUUUUGUGAUAAUGCUGAGCUCUUCAACGUGUGUUGUAGUUUGGGCAGAGGGGGCAAGUCUUUUCACGGCGUUAAGACUCUCAUCUUCAGAGAGAAACUGCCGUUGUCAAUUGACAAGCUGUUCGAACCUGACCAGCAUGCUCAAUACGUGUACAAUAUAGCUUUAGGUGACAUUGGAAUCUAUUAUGCAGGCUACGUAGACCACGAAGGUGCCGAUAAAUGCUUGUAUUCUUGCCUCCCUCCUAAACUAAGAGAAUGGAUCGGGCCUCCUGAAAAUCCCAAGCGUCACAUACCGUCACUUCAAGUUAUUUUGGGGCCUAACGGAUGCUUCUUUGCUUUUGACAGAGGCGGCUUCAUUUACGAGAAGCUUCCCUCAGUUAUGCGAUCGUUCCUGGACAACGAGCAGUUUGAAUAUAGUACAGGUGGUCCAAGGCUUGUGGCCCUGGGCCCCGGCACAUCGUAUCUGAUCGUGUUAAAGAGCGGUGCUUAUUCAUAUGACUUGCGAGACUGCUCUAUCCAGCUGGAUCAAGAAUUCGAUCUGCUAUGUACCAACGGUCGACCACAUGAGCUCGAUGGACUAGUUUACUUCUCCAUGAAUUGCUAUGCUCCUGGUGUUUGUUCUGGAUUUUUCAGGGAUCCGUCGAACGACCGGAUCAAAACCUUCGGGGAGGUUGCUGGGGAUUGGAAGGAAGUGUUGGAAGAGUUGACAAGUGGUCCAAGCAUAGUUCAAACGCCCAUGACACCCAAGGAGACGCACGACGGAGAGAAAGGCUGCGGGAUCUGCUACAAAAUUUUCGAGAAAGACGCAAAGACGUACUUUUGUGUGACUUGCACGCACAAUGUUUGCGCCUCAUGUUACGAAACUGGAUCAUUUGAGCAUCCUCAUCAGAUGAUUCGUGUUUUCCUGAGAAGAACAUCCGCAAAGGACGACUUUUGGGAGACGACAUUGAUCAGGCAAGCUACGCGCACGUGCGAUCUGUGCAAAGAGCAAUUCUUUGAAGAACUGAGCGGCCACCUACGUUGCGUAUCAUGCGAUGACUUCGAUAUCUGUCAAGAUUGCAUGAACAAAGACGGCAUGCGUAUAACAGAUUUGCAGCACGCGCAGUGCGGGUUUCCACCAGACAUGAUCUACAUCGACCCGGAGGCCAAAGGGACAGAAUGGGUCGACAGGCAGAUCACGCAAGCGCGAGCAUACAAGGAGGCACUCGAGGCCGCGGAACAACGAAGGGAAGCCGAGGAGCGCAGGAAAGCCGAGGAGCGCGCAAGACAGCAACGAGCGCAGAAACAACCCGUGUCAAACACUUCACGAUUUCUAUCGGCACCACAACCCAGGCCCGUUGCACGAGCGCCGUCGCCACAACCCCAGCGGCAACGUCCCGUCUCGACACUGGCGCCGCCGCCGGCACCACAAACUGCGCAGCGCAGGAAAAGCUCGUCGGGUCUGGCGUUCCUCAACAGCGCGCUGAAGCUGACCAACGCCGUCUUACGCGCGGAGAACGCGGCGAACGGAGGAUGGAAUGGUGGAGGAUCGGUUGGCGGCGGCGGCGGCGGCGGGUUCAUAGACACGUCAGGUACGAUGGACAUGAGUUCUUUCUGGGAUCCAAUCAACAGUGCUGCUAGCGAUCCCAUCCAGUAAAGCCCUGAGAAGGAUGC